AUGGCCGGCUCUCCAUCGUUGCCUUGCGGGGAAGAAGACUUGGCGAAGAACGCUUCGUGUGUCUCGAUGUCCCAUGUGCCCGUUGCAACAGAGACGCCGCCAGAGGGGGGCGACAUUCCCGUGCUUGGCGCGGAGGAGGUGCCGUCCGUCCCCGCAGUCGAAGGUGAGGAUAAGAAGAAGACGAAGAUCCCGCCCAUCGUGUUCGUACCUCUUCUUGGCGCGUUUGUCGUCAUUACGGUUGUCCCGUCUGUCGUAAGCAAUCUCAUGAACAAGUCGUCGUCGUCCCCGACACCAGCACCGCCAUCACCAACAACAGCGCCGGGCUAUGGGGGCAGCGGCACAAAAGGAUGGGACUUCACGCCAGCGCCAGCGAACCCAACACCCACAGCGUCUACACCAACUUACGCCAUCUCGACCGAGUUUGUCAGUUUGUACGCUCAAGCCAACAUCACUGGCGUCGCCCUCGGCAGUCUUCAGCCAUCCCCUUGGGUUGCCCUCAACCGAACGACCGUCUUCUCCUCCCAAAGCUCACUUCUUGCAAGUAGCGUGUCGCACUUCAGCGGCGUCACAUCGGACGCCAGCGGUAACCUCUUCGUGUCCGACAUGAUGCAGCCUCAGAUUGUACAGCGGCCUUGGAAUGCCACGACUUCAUCCACGUAUGUCGUGCUGACCAACGCAACCAGCGGGCUUCUGCAGCCGCGUGGCUUGGCCGUGUGCGCCGGAGUUCUAUUUGCCCUCGACAGCGGCUACAUCAAAAGCAUCAACAAGACGACGGUAAUGACCGUCGUCGCGGGACUCUCUACGACCGCUACCAACCUCGCCGCCGAUAGCACGGGCUCUUAUUUAUACAUUGCCGACACGGGUGCUCACUGCAUUCGACGCGUCGCCCUCGCAAACUAUGCCCUCGAAACGUAUGCUGGCAGCUGCGGCAGCGGGGGCUACGUUGACGGCCCACGCUUAUCGUCUCGCUGGAACUCGCCAGGCGGCGUCACGGUCGACGUGUAUGGCCACGUCUACGUCAGCGACACGGGGAACCACGUCGUGCGCAAAGUGGACAGCGCCUCGUCUACCACAUCGACAAUCGCAGGAACCCCCGGCGUCUCAGGCCUUCGCGACUCGAACGGCACCUUGGUGAAUAGCUUGCUCAACGCACCACUCGGCCUCGUCAUCAAUGCAACGCUCAGCUGGCAAGUGCUCGGCAACGACAACCAGAUGCACAUGGUGGCAGACAACGAAGCUGACGAAGAUGGUGGCAUGGGUGGCGACAACGACGUGGGCUCGGACCUCGAGAUUGACGACAUCCAAAGAUCCUUUUCGCCGCUGAACCUGAGCUCGUACGAUUCGGUUGCGAAGCUGUCGCGGGCCGAGUCGGCGGAAAUUUUCUCGAAAAAGUUUGCCGAGCGGUCGCAGGUCAAGAGCUCGAUGCUAGAGGAAGAAAAGCUUCGACGGCUUCAGAAGGAGAAGCGGCGACAGGUGAAUAUCCAAAAGUGGCAGUCGAAGCUCGCAAAGUCACCGUUCAAAGUCAACCUGGUCGCGGACAACGAGCGGCUCGACGAGGAAAACCGCGUGCGGUUGGCUGAGGAAGCGCGCCGAGUUCGUGCGCUUGAGAAGAAGACCAAGCAGGUCAAAAACGACAUCAUUCUAAAGGCGCUGCAAGAGACAUCCGACUUGGACGCCUUGCGACGUGAGAAGCGCGUGAUCAUGGAGGAGGAGAAGCGCCUAAAGGCGCUUCUGGACCUCGAAAAGACCAACUCGCACCGAAAGAUGGACAUGCUUGCGGCCCAGAACGCAGAGAAGAAGCGCAAGCAAGAGAAGAUUGAAUUCCGCAUGAAGCAGCGCAAGGACCAGUUGCAGACGCGCGACGAAGAAUACAAGAAACUCCUCAAGGAGAAGCUCGCCCUCGAAUAA